CGGCCACCACUCCUCCCCCGGGAGCCGGAAUUAGGAAACUCUGGACAGCCCGCUAGUAAGUCCUUGCGUGCUGAAGCGUCUCCCCAGACUUAUAAAGGUCGCUGUGUCUGGCGGUUGAGCUCACUUGCCUGGCGGCCUCAGAGUCACAGACACUUGCUUGGAUCCAGUCCCUGGGUCAGUCCCGCUCCAGCUCAGCUGCAGGCUCCUGAAUCCAGCCGGCUGACCCUCACGCUGAAAGCUGCACAGAGAGAGGAGAAUGGAGACGCUCUCUGCCGUUCGGGUACUGGCGCUGCUCUGCCUGGGUUUCCACCUUCUACAAGGUGUUAUCAGCACAACCGUGAUUCCAUCAUGCAUCCCAGGAGACUCGGAAGACAAUUGCACAGCUUUAGUUCAGAUGGAAGACAAUCCCCGUGUGGCACAAGUGUCAAUUACAAAGUGUAGCUCUGACAUGAAUGGCUACUGCUUGCACGGACAGUGCAUCUACCUGGUGGACAUGAGUGACAAUUACUGCAGAUGUGACGUGGGCUAUACUGGCGUCCGGUGUGAACACUUCUUUCUAACCGUCCACAAACCCCUGAGCAAAGAAUACGUUGCACUGACAGUGAUUGUUAUUCUCCUGUUCCUUGUCAUAAUCGCUGGAUCCAUAUACUAUUUCUGCAGAUGGUACAAAUAUAGGAAAAGUAAGAAAUCAAAGAAGGAAUACGAGAGAGUGACCUCUGGAGACCCAGCGGUGCCACAAGUCUGAGCGUCACCCUCAAAUUAUGAACCAGGAUGCAUAGCUUUCCUGAUUAAUGUUAAUAUUUCACUUUAUUAAUAGUAUUUAUGUUGGGUCAUGUGUUAGGUCAACGACUGUAUAUUUUUAAUACAUUUGGAAAGUGUUUUAUUUUUUGACAGACUAUUUGCUAAUAUAUUAUAUGUAAAAUAUUUAAUAUCAAAAGAAAAUUGAUAUUUUUGUAAUAAUUUCUUGAGUUAAAUGCUUUAUUGAAAAGCAUCCAAGCUCAGUAAGCUGGUGCAGUACUUCAAGUGAGCAGUGCCCAGUCUGUUGCAAGUGAAGUAUGGUCAAAUCAAUCGUGUGAGUCAUUUAUUUCCUACUUCUCAGACUUGUGAUAACUGACUUGACUAUAUCAUGGCUUGGCACAGGCAUUGGCACCACUGCUUCAUGUAUUAAAACAGUAAUAAGAAGGGGAGGUAAACGGAACUUGUGUGCCUCCCACCACACACUUGAGCCAACCAGUGUUGGAGAGGAUGUCUCUUCAGCAUCCCUGCUAUGUGGUCCAGAUGUGCCUAGAGGGGAUAAAGGACAAGCCCCUGUGCUAAACUACCUGAACAAUGGGCAUUCCAUGUAUGUAGAGUGUAUCAUUUAUGUGAAGUGACUGUUGAAUAUCAGUCAGCAAAUCUACAUUUGAAGAAAAUUUGAAUUCCAUUUUAGAUUAUUUAUUUUUAUAGGGAAUUUACUGACGAAUUAUAGGAUUAAAUCAGAAUCCAAAAUCAAAUUAAUCAUACAUUUAAAAUACAACAGAAUGCUAGUCAGAUCUUGGCUAAUAUACAAAUGUACUUCUUAAUUUUUUAUUCAAGAGGUUUUGUUUGUUUACUUUUGCUUUUGUUUUGCUAUUGUUGUUGUUAUUUUUCUUUUUUAACUCAGAGUCUCACUCUUUAGUUCAGACUAGUUCCAAGGUCAUGGUAAUUCUCCUGCCUUAGCCUCCCUGGUUCUGGGAUUAUAGACCCACAUUACCAUACCUAGUUUCAAAAGAAUUUUUACUAACAAAUAGUUCAGUCUAUAUCUUAUUUCAGGUUUUAAAGUUAUGUUUUAAAAACAUAAAUCCAAAUACAGGAAGUGAGGAAAAUAUGGGAAAAAUAAAUCACAGUGUAUUUUUCUAAAGGAAAAAGGCAUCUGAAAGCUUUUUAAAUUUUAGACUUAACUGUGCAUUCCCAUGGAAGCUAAGAUGAAAUCUUGACCUUUUUGCUGUCAUUUGUUUGCUGUUAUGGAAAGAGAGAGGUUGUUCUCCACUCUCAGCCUAUAGGUUUUAGUGAGUCACUAGACUAUCCUGUGAAGUUGCCUCAGGAGUCCCUGCUGGCACACCUUUGCCUUUCCUGGGAGGCUGCCUAACCGAAUGCUCAACCUUAGGUGGAGACUGGAACACAUACCAGGUCAGGGAGGGUCUAUCCUUCCUCCGACUUUUUCCUGGCAUGUGCCUGGGCAACAGAACCAUCAUGAGUUGCCUCUGACCUCCAGAAUGCUAGGGAAGAAAACAUUGCUGUCCUACGGUGUCACUCAUGCAAAAUCCUGGAAGGUUCACACAGCUCCCAUCAAUAGUCCUGGUCUUACUAUGAGGGAGAGGAGCAGAUAAAAUAAGCAAUGUACACAUGCAUUCCUGGAUACAUGGUCCAGGACACAAGCUCCACACUUUGCAGAAUUACAGCCAUUUGUUUCAGUAUUGACCAACAUACUCACUUUUAAAAAGAAAGGGAAAUGAAAGUCGGUGACAUUUAAAAGCAUAUUUCUUUUU